CAGCAUGCCUGACUAGUUAACAUAUUGGUAUUAUGCAUAAGAAAAGACUUAAGACCAGUGUCUUUUUACAUGAACAAGACCAAAAUGACCUUUUCCUUAAUUCAUAGCUUGGUCAGGCUUUAUAAAAACGCCAGCAUGGCAGAAAAGCUUGAAGAAGACUACUGACAGAAUGCACAUGAUGACAGCCUUGCAGCGUGGUGUAUGGGCUUUACUGCUCUGGCCCUAUCUGCUUACUGUAAGUAUCCCACUAGACUGUAAGGAAGAGCAGGGUAGCUUCUCCCGCUGCCCCUACAUCUCCCAAGAGAAACUUCUAGACCGAGUCAUCCAGCAUGCUGAGCUUAUAUACCGUGUCUCAGAAGAAUCAUGCUCUUUGUUUGAGGAGAUGUUUGUCCCAUUCUCAUUGCAACUCCAGAGGAACCAAGCUGGCUAUGCAUGCAUCACCAAAGCCUUUCCCAUCCCCAGCUCCAAAAGUGAAAUCCAACAAAUUUCUGACAAAUGGUUGCUCCACUCUGUGCUGAUACUGGUUCAGUCGUGGAUUGGGCCUAUGGUCUACCUGCAGACCACAAUGGAUCACUACGAUGGCGUUCCUGACAUGCUGCUCAACAAGACUAAGUGGGUUUCUGAAAAACUGAUCAGUCUGGAGCAAGGGGUAGUGGUCCUCCUCAAGAAGAUGUUGGAUGAAGGAAUGAUAACCACAACAUACAGUGAACAAGGCCUAUUCCAGUAUGAAGUGCAACCUGACAUGCUGGAAUCUGUUAUGAGAGACUAUACCUUACUCAGCUGCUUCAAGAAAGACGCCCAUAAGAUGGAGGUUUUGCUCAAGCUUCUUAAAUGUCGACAAACUAACAACUGCCCAUGAACUAUAGUGCAGCUAUUAAGUAAUACAGAGUUCAGCUUUAAAUUAAUUCCUUAGGUCCACUUAUAGAUAUGUCCAUGCCUUAGGCAAUUCAGUCUUGGUUUCAAUGCAGCACAUUCUUUAUUGAUUGUUUUGGAACACCUUCACUCAAAAACUAAGUAGGUGUAUUGCUGUGCCCUCUCUGCAUUUUAUAUUUCCCUACUCAGUUGUUAUUUUAACCUGGCAAAGGCAACAGAGGGCAAACUCCCAAAAGAUUAUUUGCGUGUCAAGCUGUCAAAAAAAUCUGCAUAUCCUGCCAUUGAUUUCCAUUUCCUUUGUUCUUAACUGGAGUUUGUGUUCCUUCGCUGGCUCUUGCAGUGUUUUGAUUAUUCCCACGGCCCCCAGAGUAUUCACUGAGGCUCUCUCUUUAAAUGGAGUUGGUUUCACUUCUGCAUUAUUGAAAUGAAACACUUUCACCGGAGAUGGGAGUCAAACAGAGAGCAAUCUACUACUUAAAAAAAGAAACACAUUUUGAUUGGUGAAGGAGCGUGUGAGAGAGACAGAGAGAGAGAGAACAAAUAACAGCUAAAAUAAAAUAUGUGGAAGUUUGGUUAGACACAGCCAGGUUUGGAUUUGUUCAGUGCUUAUGAAAGAAUUGUGAAUAUUUUUCUGCCUUGACUUGUCUAAUUUAACCUCUAAAAUAUUCACUUUAAAUGUUGGGGAUAUGCAGUUUAAACUUUAAUUGUAAGAUCAUAUGAAUAUUUAAUGCAAAAUGCAAACUAUACUUUUCUGUAUACUGUCAUGUGUAAAUAAAAGAAGCCCAAUGUAUUGUGUAAACCUUUUUAGUCAAUCUCUGUUAAUUCUAGGGAAUAAUAAA